AUGACAAUUUGGCUUCUGUUAGUCUUCGCUGUACUCAUUUCUGCUAAUCCGAAAGAGACACAAUAUGAAUGUGGCGAACACGGAAGGUUCGAAUAUUGCAUAGAUGGGAUCCCGGGCUGUGUUAUCGGCUGUCAUUGUCACCCUGGAUACUAUUUCGACACCGACACGAAAAUAUGUGAACCUAAUUCGAAUUUGUUAGAAACAUAUCGUCGGCAAUAUGCAGCUGAACCGACUAGAAUUUCAAUGUCACAAAUGGAAUUUCCCGAGUUUAUGCUCCAGACACCUUCACCGGCUCCUAAUGUUAUAGAUGAUCACGUCGACAAUAUAGCAAAAAAUGCGGACGACCUUGGCGAUUGGCUCUAUAACCAGUUCUACAAAACAAUCGAAAGUCAAGUUAUCAACAAUACAAAUAAGAACAGCAUAACAAGAAGAAGCGGAAAAAAUAGUAACCUCAACACGACAACAAAGAAGAGACGAAAAAGUGAUAACAGAGGUUCAUCGAAAAAGAAACUUAAGCAGGAUGACUUAAGAAGAAAAUUGUUAAGAAUAACAGAAGAUGACAGCCUUUUUGACUCAGAUUCGGAAACAGAUAGUUCAGAGGCUUCUAGUACCAGCAAGGAGGAUAACGAAAGUUUUAAAAAUGGCCAUGGACACAAAAAAUUCGUAAUAGUAAACAGGAAACCAAAGCCGCCGCUGCCAUCUUUUGUUUUUCUUCCGAAUAUCGAAACUCCGUUCUAUCCUCCAGUCGCCUUGCCACCUCCGGUACUCCCCAUGUACCCCAUGGUGCCUGUACCUCCAGUUUUGCCAGGUUUUCCUCCACCGAAUAUAUUGCCUGAUUGUGAUGAAAAAUCUUCACCAUCAGUAACGACGUCGUCUGCAACUGCAGCUGGAGAUAGUGCUGCCACGACUGCAGCAUCUACAGAACAGCCGUCAGUCGCUGAUGUAACGACAGAUGUUAUGACUACCAUUAGUCAAGCACCGGGUGCUCUUCGUUUGAAAAAUAAAAGGAAAAAGAUUCUGAUGUAUAAUAGCGGAAUGGAUCCACUACGUCGUCUUAGACAAUUAGUACAAAAUUCUGGUCUAAAUAAAUUACAAGAGAAAACGCAAGUAGACCCCAUCGAAGAAACAGAUCAGUCAUCUACAGAAAUACAAGAUACAUUCCAGAUCGAGCCCCUUAGUAAUGCUGAGCUACAGCACAAAAGUAACACUAAAUCUCCAGUUAUGAACAACGAUAUAGCUAACUUUAAAUAUUUGUCAGAAUUGAUUCAUAGAGUUAAUUUAAAUGAUACAGAUAAAACAGUUGUGCCACGAUUAAAGCCAAUCGUAAGAAAUCGAAAACCUCUCAUACUUAACCAAAAGAAAAGUCGUAUUCCUAUACUACCACCGAAAAUUGAAGAAUCCAAUCGAAGAUUUAAUAUCGAAAUGUAUCCUCACGACCCUAAAAUUCUAGACGAUACGUUUUAUUCCAAGCUUGGUAAGCAAAUAGCAACUCUCAUAAGAGGUGUAGAUACAAAGAACAAUAGACAAAUAGACAUAGAAAUCGAGCAUUUAGAUCAAAACACACCGAGUUAUCCGAUAUUUAGUGAACUCAGUUAUGCACCACAUUCGUACUGGGAGAGAUUUGCCAGGUCACCCAAGAAUUAUCUCGAACAAUACCGCAAAAAACACGAGCACAACAAGAAAAGCAACGAAAACCUAUAUAAUAUUGAGGAUAAAAUAGAAAUAUUAGCAUCAACUAUGCUACCAUUGAGUUUACAAGAAAUUGAGAAUUUUAUCAAAGGCAUGCCAGAAACUGCAGAAGAUGUCCGAGACUAUAAACCACAAAAAUAUCAGCAUCUGUCUUCUAACAAAACUCUUAACAUUAAUUUGUGGCCGGAGGAACCGCCGGCUGCUAAUGUAAUACCAUACCAUGCUAAGCCAAUAAUAAGUAGAUCUCCACCGCAUUUUAACUACGUUAAGAAAAAUACAUCUGAAAACCAUUCUAAAUUGAAAGGUUUUCGUAUGCAGAAUGUGUAUUCUACGUGGGUCGACGUAGAACACUCCCCACACAAACCCUCUGCCAAUAAGGUAAAAAAUAUUCGACUUGAGAAAAUUAGUGACGACAAAAAUAAGAAAAUAGUUAUAACUAAAAUGGAAAUACCAAUUUCGAAGAAGCAAAAAAAACUGAAUUAUGGUAAAAGUCCAAUUAGGCAGGCACUAGCACCUACCAGACGGUCACACAAGGCGACUGUACUCAAAUCGCUCUCGCCUUUUGAUUACAAUAAGAAAUUUGUUGACGACAAUAAUCCUUUUUAUGAUAAGACAGAAGAAUUUAAAUAUCCAAUUGAAAACUCCUUAAACAAACACUCUAAAUCUAAGCUCCCUUCAUACUUCCACCAUGAAGUACAUCAUUUUAAUUAUAUUGAUUAA